GGCCUAUCUUGUUAUGUACUAUCUUUGGUGUUAUACAGAAUCUUUGCCAAUAAACCGCUGUUAUCGAGUACGUGAUCGAGUAUCGAGCGCUCCCUCUGACAAGCUAUCUUUUGUUUACAACGAGAGUGCACUCGUGUAUGACCUGGAAACCCCGGAGUGACCUGUAGACCCACUGUCUGAGUGAACACUGCGAAGAGUAUAAAUCGUUAUCUGACGACAACAAGCAAAGUUCGCAGGAUCUGAUGCGAUUUCAUCAUCGUCAGUGGCAGGGCGAAGAAAUUUAGAGAAUCUACUAGACUCUAGAAUAGAUCUAUUUGAAGUGACCCACGUUUUGGCGUCGUCAUGGCUGACAGUACUGACAGCAGAAGAAAACAACUCCAGCGAUUGGACUCGUCCAUUGAUAACAAACUCAGCUUCACUUAUGAAGAUGUGGAAAUGAUUGCUAAUCACAUUCUGGAGAAAGUGAAAUGCAGACCGAAGCUGGGAAUCAUCUGUGGGUCAGGUCUGGGCAAGUUGGUGGAUCUUGUGGAAGAUAAAGAAGUCUUGCCCUACCAGGAGAUACCUGGAUUCCCUGUCAGCACAGUGCCUGGCCAUGAAGGAAAACUGGUAUUUGGUCAGCUGAGAGGCAAGUCCGUUGUGUUGAUGCAAGGCCGGGCUCACUGUUAUGAAGGAUACACUCCACAGAAGAUCACCCUGCCUGUGAGAACUAUGAAGAUGAUGGGGAUAACCACACUGUUUGUCACCAACGCAGCCGGAGGUGUCAACAAAAAGUACAAUAUCGGGGACAUCAUGAUCAUCAAGGACCAUGUCAACUUGGCUGGAUUUGCUGGUGUUAACCCCCUUGUUGGGGUUAAUGACGAAAAAUUCGGGCCUCGAUUCCCGGCAAUGUCCAAUGCCUACGAUCUUGGUCUGCGACAGCUGGCCCUCGCUAAGGCCAAAGAGAUAGGAUUCUCUGACUUCGUGCGGGAGGGAGUGUACAGCAUGAUGGUGGGACCAAACUUUGAGACAGUUACCGAGUGCAAAAUACUCAGCUUACUGCUAGUAGAUGCCACAGGCAUGAGCACCAUCCCCGAGGUUCUGGUGGCCAAGCACUGUGGUAUGCGUGUGUUCGGCAUGUCGCUCAUCACCAACGUGGUCAUCUCGGAGUAUGACUCGCCGGCCCACGCCAACCACCAGGAAGUGCUGGAGACGGGAGAGAGGCGGAGCAAGGAUUUGCAGCAGCUGGUGGCGGCCAUUGUGGCUGACCUUGACCUCUAGGUACCCUUGAUCUGAUGACGUCUGCGGCAAAACUAAAGAGAAGUUCCUGCCAUGGCCGCUUUUUUAAAACACUUUUUUGCUUAUUCACUUGCAUACUGUUCGUUUGUUUUUUUUACGGAGUAUUUGUUUGUUUGUUGUUUUGAGUUUUGAUUUCGCCUAUCACAGAACAAGUAUCAUCUAUGUGGUAGGUAUUUAUAAAAAGUGAAAGUGGGAUGGGAUUGCGGGGGGGGGGCAGUUGUUGUUUGCCGAGAGAUUUUAUAGACUGGACAAUGCAGUCAUUUUGUCUUUUGGUUGGUUGGGGGGGGGGGGGGGGGUAACAAUGACAGACCGGAACUACAAAAGCAUCGUGUAAAAAUAGAUCACCCUUUGGUGUCAUCUGUUCAACCUCUCGGGGGGAAGGGUGGAGCUGUUCUUUAGAUUUGUUUUAAUAUCACCCCCACAUAACGUUCACUUGAACUCAGUGCCCAAGCUGACAUCAGCCAGAUAGUUCAAAGGAUGAACAGGGUUCUGUGUUUGUUCAAACCUGCUGGGUUGAAAAUGUGACUUGUGAGAUUUCAGUCAAAGGUUAGAGUAUUUUAAGAAAUGUAUCUCUGUAUUGUUACACAUGUUUUGUAUUUUGUUGUGGUAGUUGGAAUGACUUUUACUAUUCUGUUACAAAUUUGAAGAGUAUUGUGUUAAGCCUGUGUACCAUUGCAUUUUUAUUGCAUUUUGAUUUGUUGUUGACGCUCUGACAGAGAGUUUAAAAUGGCAUGAUCUAUGGCAGUACUAAUUUUACAGAGAGUGAAAUUUGAAAGCUCACUAAUUACGCACCAUAUUUUUCACUGCUAUCCUGUAAGUACCUACCUUUUCACUGGGCAUUUCAAAACAUCAUUGUGAAACAAACUAACGUACAGUCACCAUGUAGGUAACAGUAUAUAUGCGAUAAAAAAGAAUUCUUAACUCAGAAGAAGCGUAAAGGGCUUAAGUAAAGGAAGGCAGUUAAUUUUCAACUUUAGCAUAUAUGCAUCGUGGAUGGGUUUGUUUCUUGUGAAAUUGUAGGAGGUCCAUUGUAAUUGUUGAUGCUGCAUUCUGGAAUGUGUAAUUUUCCUUUUUGUAGCAUUUUGUCAUGGUUUUCUUGAUAGUGCGGCUCAGAUUUUCUUUCUCUCUGCUUUUAAUGAGUGAGCUGCAGCAGCAAACAAAGCGUGAUCGAUCGUGUUUUAGGUAAUUUCUCAUUUUACCGUGCUGAAUGAUUAUUGCUUUUUUUUUAUAUUCCGGUGUGAAGAGUGAUCAAAAAUUUUAUUUAUAUUAUAGUCGUUGAUAAGCUGACAGCUAGCAAGUCUUUAUGAAGCGAUCUUGUCUGACAUUCACCUUGGUUGCACGUUCCCUAACGUUAACAGUGUCCUUAAGCUUUGCUUAAGAAUACUUGGUCUCAAUAGGAAUCAUUUUACCGGUGUCUUGAAUUCAUUUGGAAAGAAACUAUACUAUUAGUUUACUAUCAUAUUUAUGUGUCCAAAAGAACAGCUUCGACUUUUUAUGUUUGUUCUGAAGUUUUUGCUCAGGUUUUUGACAUUUUCAAGAAGCCUUUUCGUACAGAAUGUAGGAUGAUUGUAGGUGUCAGUAUUCAUGAUUGAUGUAAUUUUCAUCGAAUGUACUGUUGAAAUGCCAUUGCACUUGACUGAGAAUUGUUUCAGGGCUAAAGCUCCUUUAAUAGAGAUUAAAUUGUUUAAGUGAUUUAUGUUGUCAUUUUAAAAAAUGAGGUUCUUGAGGUAAUUUAUGUUGUCACCUCUUUAAAAGAAAUGAGAUUCAUGAAGCGUGAGAUUCUUGCUUGAAGUCCAUUCUUUUUCAAUUUUUCUGUCCCCACGGUUUUUUGCAAAAAAUAUUCUGAAAUUAUGCAAACUGAGCCCAAAAAUGUGAAAUUAUGCGAUUCUGUUAAUUUUAACAAA